AUGAAGGGAUAUCGAGCGAAACACUACACAGCGGACUACAAGAAAAUUGGAAUGAACUUUGAGUACGUUGCUACGAAUGUACCUGGCCCUAACACUGACACUGGUGCGUGGGAGCUGCUAGCCUGCUGUGAUUGCACCAGCGAAUGUUCUGCGGAACAGAAGUGUACUUGCUUGCUAGGAGCAGAGGACAACUAUUCUAUCAAUGGUUUGUUUUUGGAGAAAUCAAGUGGCGCUCCUAUUCUUGAAUGUCACAGAGAAUGUUCAUGCUCCACAUGGGACAAACCAUGCAGAAAUCGUGUGGUGCAACGUGGUGUGAAUGUACUACUAGAGGUGUAUAAAUGCUCCGAUGAGAAAGGUUUCGGAGUGCGAGCUGCUGAACCGAUUCCGGAGCAAACAUUUAUCUGUGAGUAUGCUGGCGAAGUUCUGGACAAGGAAGAGGUAGAGGAGCGCGCCAUGUUUAAACAUGACCACAACUACACACUAACAGUUCAAGAGCAUGGAGCAGGGGGUGUGAUAACCACGUUCAUUGACCCUCGACGCCGUGGAAAUUUGGCGCGAUUCAUUAACCAUGGAUGUCAGCCAAAUCUAUCAAUGGCGAUUGUACGUAUAGGUUACACAGUGCCUCAUAUAGCACUAUUCUCAAACAGGCAGAUUCAUGUUGGGGAGGAGUUGUGUUACGACUAUGGUGUGUCAGCCCUAGGCGGAACCGAACGCAAGAGGUGUCUCUGCGGGUCUACUGGAUGCCGUGGCUAUUUACCAAUGUCAUCCACAGCUUCGGAAUAA